GUCCCUCGCUUCAGCCUGCCUGGCAGAAGCACUAGUAGCUGUAGAGUCAAAGUGCAUUCAGCACCUUCCUAACUCAUCCUUAGCUACGUUUUUUUUCCCCUCCUUAGAACUGAACUGGAUUAAAAAACACCUUCUGGUUGUUUAUUAUUUGUCAUCGAUGAGCUACAGAUAAGCUUCAGCUUGGCUGUCAACAGAGUUAAUCUGUUCAGAGCACCAGUCACAGUAAACCAGAAUCCUCCAUCAGAGAAUUGUACAACUGGUGCAAUGCCAAACUUUGAAGCUCCGGAAGUCAAAAAAUUUGUGGCUUGGGACUAUGUUGUUUUUGCCGCGCUGUUUUUGGUCAGCGCCAGCAUUGGAGUCUUUUUUGCAGUUAAAGAGAGGAAAAAAAAAACUUCAAAGGAGUUUUUGGUGGGCGGUAAGCAGAUGACAUGUGGACCCAUAGCUUUUUCUCUCACAACAAGCUUCAUGUCAGCAGUAACAGUCCUGGGGACACCCUCCGAAGUUUAUCGCCACGGGGCAUCCUUUGUGCUGUUCUUUCUUUCAUACGCGCUUGUCAUCAUUUUUACUGCUGAACUUUUUCUACCUGUCUUUUACAGAUCUGGCAUAACGAGCACUUAUGAGUAUUUGGAGUUAAGAUUUAACAAGAUUGUCCGCCUUGCUGCAACGUUGAUCUACAUCCUGCAGACGAUCCUCUACACAGGAAUAGUGGUCUAUGCUCCAUCACUGGCACUCAACCAAGUCACUGGAUUUGAUCUCUGGGGCUCUGUAGCUGCAACAGGAAUUGUCUGCACUUUCUAUUGCACUCUGGGAGGAUUAAAAGCUGUUGUCUGGACAGAUGCAUUUCAAAUGAUUGUCAUGGUGGCUGGCUUUCUGACGGUUUUGAUUCGAGGAACUAGUCUGAAUGGUGGAUCAACCAAAGUCUGGGAAGAUGCCCAUGAAGGAUCACGACUAAACAUAUUCGACUUUGAUGCUGAUCCUUUGAGACGACACACCGUCUGGACAAUAGUUAUUGGGGGAACAUUUACAUGGCUAGGGAUCUACGGAGUCAAUCAGUCCACGAUACAGAGAUGCAUUUCUUGCAAAUCGGAAAAGCACGCUAAACUGGCACUUUACCUGAAUUUAUUGGGACUUUGGACAGUCCUAGCGUGUGCAGUAUUUUGUGGAUUGGUGAUGUAUUCUCAUUACAAGAGUUGUGACCCUUGGACUGCUGAUUUCAUUUCAGCUCCUGAUCAGCUCAUGCCCUACUUUGUCAUGGACAUUUUUUCUUCGAUGCCAGGAGUCCCGGGACUGUUUGUUGCCUGUGCAUUCAGUGGAACACUAAGCACUGUAGCAGCCAGCAUCAAUGCUUUAGCAACUGUUACCUUUGAAGACUUGGUCAAGAAAGGUUUCCCAAACCUCUCUGAGAAGAUGAGCACGUGGAUCAGCAAAGGCUUAUGUGUUUUAUACGGCGUCCUGUGCACUUCCAUGGCUGCAGCAGCGUCGCUGAUGGGAGGAGUCGUGCAGGCUUCCCUCUCCAUCCACGGGAUGUGUGGGGGGCCCAUGCUGGGAUUAUUUACACUGGGAAUUGUGUUUCCUUGUGCUAACUGGAAGGGUGCUCUUGGAGGCCUCUUAGCUGGGAUCACCUUGGCUUUUUGGGCUGGUACUGGCUCUUUCAUUUACCCUGCACCACCAACGAAGUCCAUCCCUCUGCAACUGUUGACCCUCAACUGCACGCUGGCGAACGGCACCGCGUCGCUGACGACAGCAGCUCCCACGGCAGCUCCAGAGAGGCCUUUGCUGGCAGACACCUGGUACUCCCUGUCCUACCUGUACUUCAGUGCCAUUGGCUGCCUGGGAUGUGCCAUCAUAGGGUUGUUGAUAAGCUACAUAACAGGACCUACUAAAGGAGAAGAUAUCCCACCAGUGUUAAUUAAGCCAGUCUGCAACCUGCUUUUCUUUUGGUCUGAAAGACUCAAAACUCUCCUCUGGUGUGGCGUGCAGCACGACAGCCUGGAGAGCCUGUUGCAAUUCUGGAGCAAAACCUGCUGAAGUGAAGAUGAUCCCUUUGCUUCCUCUGCCUAUCCUCAGCCUGCCUCCACAUGCUGGUUGUUGUAUUUUACCCCAGAAGAACAUGGGCAUUGCAAGCAUAAGGUUGAGUAUGAACACACUUAAGGAACUUUUUAAGCUGCUAAAUUUUCCACUACAGGAACUUAAGUUUGCAAUUCACUUAAACACUUUCAAAAAGUGUCACCGUAUGCAUUUUAGGUAGACAAAAUAUGCUUCGCAACAAAAUAAAAGGUCUGCCUAGAUGUGGAGUUCUGUUUGAAUUCUAGUGUUAGCCUUAACACCAAAUAAACACUAUUAUGAAAGGCUGGCCUUAUAUUUGUUUCAACCUUUGCCCCAAAAUAAGCAACAUCAGCACUUUAUGAGGACUACAAAAAAAUAAAAUUAUUCUGGAAGUA